CAUUAACCUCUCAUUUUUUAAUCAUAGUCAUAGUGAUGAUAGUUAAGUAAACAAUAAAUAAAUUAAUGAGUAAAUAGAUAGUAAUUGCUGUAAUUAUUAUAAGUUAAGAAAUUUUUUAAAUAAAUAAUGAAUAGAUUCGAGUACGCGGAAGCUAGGCUGAUGCCAAAUGAAAUUUUUGUAAGAAGGGAUAUGUCAGUAAGAAUUUAUGAUGGUGACACCAAGACAAAUUUCGCAGGCGGUGAAUUAGUAUUGACAAGCCAUCGGCUAAUUUGGGGCCGACCUGGCGAUAUACCGAACGGAAAAGUUUGCCUAUCGUUAUCGCUCCGGUACGUUAUCUUCUUCGAAGAAGAAGCACCAAGUACAUUUUCAUUUGGCCGUAGUAAAAAAAUAAUUCUACACCUAGCCGAGCCGCCGAUCAGCAAGUCUCCCGGGCCGGUGGAUAACAGCACAAAUAUGCACAUAAAGUUAUCAUUCAAAGAAGGUCUAGAUCCUAAUUACAUUACCCAGCUGGCUGAUGUUAUUAUGAAGAAACAGUGGGAAGUCAUAAUAAGCUCGCCUGUAAUUGAACCUGAAGCGACUAAUCCUCAGAAAAGCCAGUUACCGAUGAUUAAAACUCGGACCGGAAUUAUCGGAAUCGAAAGGAGCUUGCAGGAGAAACAGAAAGCUACCGAUCAAAAUAUUACUAUGGCCUUUCAAGACCUCAAAAAGUUGAUGGAGAUGGCCAAAGACAUGGUGUCGAUAUCUAAAACAAUUUCUAAUAAAAUUCGGGAACGUCAAGGUGACAUUACUGAAGAUGAGACUGUAAGAUUUAAAUCUUACUUGAUGAGCAUGGGUAUUGAUGAUCCAGUCACUCGUGAUGCUUACAAAAGUAGCAAUGAAUAUUUUAAACAAUUGGCCAUUCAACUUUCUCAGAUUUUAGAAGAGCCAAUUAAGGAGGUAGGAGGAAUGAUGACAUUGACUGACGCCUAUUGUCGCGUAAACAGAGCCCGCGGGUUAGAACUACUGUCACCGGAAGAUUUAUUAAACGCUAGUAGACAACUGGGUCCUUUGAACCAACCAUUAGUUCUAAGGAUAUUCGACAGCGGUGUUAUGAUACUGCAGGCCAGGUCUCAUGACGACAAUGCUGUUAUUGAAGACAUUGCUGAACUGCUUGACGACAGAGGAUCAAUAACCGCCGAAGAACUGGCCCAGUCCAGCGGAAUUUCAGUUUUAUUAGCGCGAGAAAGGUUGUUGGUAACUGAAAAAUACGGACGCGCUUGCCGUGAUGAUUCCAUUGAAUCAUUAAGAUUUUAUCCAAAUCUCUUUCUUCGGCAAGAAACAUAAUUUUAUUUUAGGUUUUACCAUUACCGCAAAGUUUUUAAUUUUGAGUUGAAUUCUGUACGGUGCUUUAUUGUUGUGAAUUUAUAAGCAAUUUAUAUAUUAAUUAAUCAUGGAUAAAAAUUGUUG